GAUGCAAUCAUUCACUCAAUACAACGCAAACACAACACAAACACGCGUUCAUUACUUAUCGUCAUUUCUCUGAUCCAAGUCUUCGGCGAUGACUGAACACGAGGUGAAAGCGUACGAGUUUUGGCGCAAUCGUCUUCAGGAGUGUCGGCAUAUCUUGGCUCCAAUGGUGGAUCAGUCGGAACUGGCCUUCAGACUACUUGUGCGCCAAUACUAUGCCAUUGAGUGUUGUUAUACACCAAUGAUUAACGCAAACUCUUUCAUCAAAAAUAUUAAAUACCGGAAACAAAGCUUACAAACCACUCCCGAAGACCGACCACUUAUUCUUCAGUUCUGUGCGAAUAACAGCGAUGUCCUGUUGGAAGCGUCCAGAAUAGCGGCCUCUCAUUGCGAUGCGAUUGACAUAAACCUCGGUUGUCCGCAAUCGGUGGCCAAACGCGGACAUUACGGCGCUUUCCUUAUGGAUGAAUGGGAUCUCAUCUAUGAUAUGAUAAAUCGUGUUUCGCGUGAAAUUCAAAUCCCAAUCACAUGUAAAAUAAGGAUUUUUCCAGAAAUGGAUAAAUCGGUUGCUUUCGCACAAAUGUUGGAAAAAGCGGGCGUUUCUAUGAUUUGCGUUCACGGAAGACGUCGCGACCAAAAAGGGCCGUUGACUGGAAGGGCUGAUUGGGAUUACAUCAAAGCCAUUAAAAAUGCUGUUAAGAUUCCUGUGUUCGCAAACGGGAAUAUCCUUUCCCUAAAUGAUGUGCACAACUGUUUAGCACAGACUGGUGUGGAAGCAGUGAUCUCUGCUGAGGGUCUUCUCCACAAUCCGGCCCUUUUCACCGAUAAAAGGGUUCCCAUUUGGACGGUAGCCGAACAGUACCUAAGCCUCGCCCGACAGCAUCCCUGUCCCAUCUCUUUCAUUAGGGGCCAUAUCUUUAAAUUCUUUUAUCACUGCUUUAUGUUGUCUUCAAAUGAAGACCAAAGAGAAAGAGUAGCGAAAGCACACGACAUGACUGUCUUCGAAGAGGUCACGCAAGAGCUGAAGACCAGAUAUGAAGAGAUUUAUGAAAGAGAAGCCAAAGAAACGGACAAUUGGAACAACUGUACGACUCUUCCCCCAUAUAUCUGUCAGCCAUAUCUUAGACCUGAACCUAAACUCGUGGAUCAGCUGACGACCACCAAAAGGGUUCCCGAAUGCGAACCAGAAGAAUGUAAAAUAAGAUUAUCGAAAAAGAAGUUAAAGCGUAUGAAUCGUGUGGUUAGCGGUGUUGAGGUAAAUGAUGAGAAAGUGGUUCCCAAACGGAUUCUGUGCGCUCUUUGUCCGAAUCCAAAGGGAGAGAAAUGCGAUUUCAAUAUCUGUCGGACCUGUUGUCGCAAAAAGACAUUCGCAGAAACACUGGAUUGCAAUGGCCAUAAGUUCCAAAUGAAGACUCGUUUCAGUAAGAAAUGCCAAAAUGUGAACACUUUAAACACAUAAGUGUUUUGAUAUUUAUUAAACAUUAAAUUUUAUUUUAAAGCAAAAAAUUUAUUUUAAUUUACAUUUUAUGUUAAUAUAAACUACAUUACAAUCGCAUGAAUAUUUUAAAAUUGAAAUAUUAUUUAAAAAUUUAAGAUUAAAUUCAAUCAUAAAGUCAGCAAUACUUGAGAAUAAGUUGUAAAGAAGUAUCAAUUGAUAAUUGGUUUUAUAGACAUAUAUUUGUAUCAAUGACUAGCAAUACAAGUGUUGGUUGUAUGAGUCGGCGGUAAAAAAAUAAUUAAAUCCUAUUUUAAAGACAAUGAAAAUAUUAUUUCAUAACUUUGGAUAUGAAUACAGAUUUGAGUUGAGUGUUAAGUAACUUAUAUACGG